AUGUCCUAUCUACCAAUGACCCCUAGGCUGGAAGCCAUCCCCGUCGACCGUCGCAAUCUAGACUCCACUGUGAUAUACCGAUCCCCACCUCGUCCUUCGGACACGAAAGAUCGGGACGAAACAGUUAUUGUCGAGAUCUCCGACGAUGAAUCUGAUACUGAUCCACCUCCUCGAUUCUCGCCUCCUCGACCUUCUUUUCGCCGAAAGCCACCAAGAAGAGCCUCAACAGUCUCCUCGGCUAGUGACGCUGAUGUCUCGGAUACGGAGUUUGCGCUCGAGCCUCGUCUUGCUCUUCCUGCCCGAACCCUCAAGCGAACAUGGACGCCCGGUAGCCCCUUGACCUCCUCACCACAGAUACAGGCCACGGAAACUGGAAAGCGCCGUGCAAAUCUGCUCUCCUCUCAUGCUCUGACUGGGCCGCAUAGCACAGAUGUUGGCCAUGGUUUGCCACUGCCUGAGCGACCCAAGCGAGAUGGUACUGCGUCCAAACCAGGCAAUGCUGUUUUUAGUGCGAACACUGCCCGACAACAUUACGCAAAGUCUGAGAAGAAGAAUAAGAAGAAAGCAGCGCACCAUCCACCGUACUACGUCGACGGCCGGGUUGGCCUCACAAUGUACCGAGGGCCAGGGUACGAGCGCUUUCCCGUUGUACUUGGCACUGUGGAAGGACAGCAGGAGCUGUGUAAUAAGUGGGAUGCAGAGCAGGCUUUCAAGCUGGAGAAAAAAGCGGCGAAGUUACGGCAGGCAUUCCGGGCUGCGUACAUCAUCCAUGACUCGGAUUCCGAUUCAGGCGACGACGAAACAGCGGGCGAUGGGAAGACCGCGUUCGAAAAGAGGUGCCUUGCUAGUGUUAUCGAGGUCUUUCCGGACAUAGAACGCGCAUAUGUCGAAAAGAAGAUUCAAGAUGCUCCUCCACAGCCCCAAUAUUUCGACGAACAUGACCAGGAGAUUAUCGACACUGGGGCCCCGCCCCUUGCCACACGCAUCAUAACCGAGAUCUUGGAGAUGCAAUCCUAUCCAACACAACGUCCUACCAAUUCGAUGGCCGCUGGUAAGGGAGCUGCCGAUGACGGUACUGGUAUCACCAUCACCUGGGACAGAAACCUUCCAAAGGACCAGAUGUACACGAAAGAUGCCAUCAUUCUGCUUGGAAAGCAUUUCGUGAAUGUCCCUUCUCAUUACAUCACCCAAGUGGUAGGGCAAACAAAUUCCAUCUUCGACUCAUAUGUCACUAUCCAGGGACAAGAAGACCAGUAUUAUUCGCUCGAGCCCAGACCCUACACGCGCCGCGUCAAAUCAAAAGCUGACCUCGAAAAAAAGUACAAACUGUUACCAGGCGACCGCCGCAUCCCGGAAGAGUACGCCAACAGAGUCAACGAACUGCAGGCAGCCAAGCAAUUUGUCGCCCGCGAGGCAAUCAAGUACGCGGUCAAGAGGGCCAAGGAUGAGGCUGAGGCUUUAAACCUGGCAGAACACGUCAAGACCGGCGCCAUCGUGGAAUGCCAGUGCUGCUUCGACAUGGAAACUCCUCUUAACCGCAUUGUCCCUUGUAUGGCAGAUGUUCCGCAUUUCUUCUGCUUCACCUGUGUCGAAGGCCAGGCUGACAAUCAGAUUGGGAUGAUGAGAUAUGAAAUGUGCUGUAUGGACGCUGGUGGCUGUACCGCGGAGCUUUCUCACGAAGAUGUUGGGAAGGCUGUCCCGAUCACCACCUUUGACCGCCUGGAACUCAACAAGCAACAAGCCGAGAUCAUGGCCGCCAAUAUUGACGGUCUCGAGCAGUGUCCCUGCUGUGAAUACAAAGCGAUUUGCCUGGAUGUGGUACAGGAACCCAUCUUCCUUUGCCAAAAUCCAGAGUGUUCUCGCGCAACCUGCAGGAGAUGUCAGAAGGACAGCCACGCUCCAAAGUCCUGUGUGGAGAACAGUCGCGACAAGAUUUUGUCCGCCAGACAUCUGGUGGAAGAGGCCCGGUCGGAAGCCAUUAUUCGAACGUGUCCCAGAUGCAAAGCCAAAAUCCUCAAGGACUUUGGGUGCAACAAAAUGACAUGCGCCAGAUGCAGCUGCCGCAUGUGUUAUGUCUGCAAUGCCGACAUAACGCAUGCUCCCGGCGAUUCUUACUCCCAUUUCGGGGGUGAAUGUACCCUGUAUGACAAAAAUGGAAUCAAUCGACACGAAAAAGAAGCGAACGAGGCAGAAAAAGACGCUAUCAGCAAAGCCAAAGCCAUGGAUGCAGAGCUUGAUGAAACCAAGUUGCGCAUUGAUACUGGCCAACCCAGUAAACGCUCUCCAUCUUCAGCCUUGCUAAAUCAUCCCGCCGCCGACGUGUUCCUGCGAGACUUGAAUAAUCGGGCUGGCCGUCUCAAUCCUGCACAGACACACCUUCGCUUCUUACAGGACCGUGUCGAACGUCUCCAAGCUCUGCGCCCAGAUCGUGAGCUCGAGGAUAUCCUGGCCGGAAUUCAACGCACACGUGUACAAGAGGGACAACCACCAAUGAAUCCAAGGGAACGUCUUCGACAAUUGGUUGACCUUCAUAGACGAGCACAACUGAACCAGGAACGGCAUCAACCUCGUUUUGAUGCACAACCGCAGCAACUUGCACCGGCAGCUCCUGGCGUACCGGCGUACAACCAAAUGCGAGCUGCUCUCCACCCCACGGUCAACAUGCCUAUUCUGCUUCCUCCCAUGCCAACAGAGACGGGGGGCGCUGCGUUUAAGAAAUCCCAAUAA